UGGGCACACCUCUUGAUUUGAAGUGGAAAAACAGUGACAUAACCUAAAAUUGAAACCAGUAUUUCUAUCUAAUCUGAUUAUUGUUUUGUACAAGAUAAGUUUGUUUUUAUUAUUGGAUGAAUUUACUUGAAAUUGUUUAUUGAUUGGACAGUUGUGCAGUGCAGUUGAAUUUUCUCAAAAAUGAAGAUAAGCAAAGAUAUAAGACUGCUGUUUAAGCCAUAUUACUAUGUUAAUAUUAUUUUGAGUUUAUCAUACAUUGUUUCCAAAAAACUUCCCUUUCUCUGCAGUUUUAUUUUUCCUUCUUCAGAAUCACAAUGUGAAUUUGAUUCUAGAGAAUCUGAAAUCCUGUUCUUCCUCAUGAUUGUGGUAAUGAUCCGGACAAGGAAAGCGGGAAGUGUAACCAUGAUCAACUAUCUUUCCUCAAGUUUUAUGUACACAAAGGUCGCCAACUUGAUACUUUGGUUCUAUGCUGACAUACGCAUGGGAGUUUUCUUUGGCAUUAUUUUUAUCUUGGUUGGACUACUUCUGCCGGAACCAACAUACUCAGGACCAGAGAACGUCAUCUACUUCCGCACUGCUCAGGGUGUGGAGGACGAGCUGAUGCGGAAUAAAAAGAUAGCGUGGCUUGUCACAUUCUACACAGCGUGGAACCCUGCCUGCGUAAACUUUGCUCCAGUGUUCUCCCAGCUGUCCGUCGAGUACAAUCUGGAUAAUUUAAAGUUCGGCAAGAUAGACAUUGGCCGGUACCCGGACGCAGCGAAGAAGUACUAUGUGAAUGACUCGUCCAUGAGUAGACAACUGCCGACAAUGAUACUGUUCAAGGAGGGCAAGGAAGUUAUGCGAAGGCCGGCUGUAGACUCCAAGGGGAAGCUCCAGAAGUUUUUCUUCUCAGAAGACAACGUGAAAGCUGCAUUUGACCUCAACAAUCUUUAUAACGAGUGUAAAAACAAUCCACUGAAGAAGAGAAAGGAGGUAACAGACAACCAUGAAAAAGAAGAAUAAAGAGCAAGAAUAGACCUAGUCAUAUUAGUAGUUGUGUGUAGGUUUUAUACUGUUCAUCCUCAGAGCACAAGCUGUUUAAAAUGUUAUUACAGAAUGUCAGUUUGAUUGUAUGAAGAGAUAACAAAAGUAGAGGACUAUGUAAUACUAAAGGAGGUGUGCACAAAACAAAUUUAUAAAACAUGUACAAAAUUUUAUAAUAAAGAUUUAUUUAUUUAUGAAAAA